GUCUUCUGGCCAGUUGUAGUUGGCAGGCCUUUUUCUGUAAACGUCGGGCUGUUGUUAAAGUUAAAGAGCAGCGGUGAUCGGAAAGCUUUUAAUAGUUCUAAUAUCUGCAUUCCUGGAUCUUGAUUUAUAGGGUUAAGAGCGAAUAUGCCGCCUGGGUCUAACAUCGCCAAAGAGGUUAUGAAACGCGUCUUGAACUCGAAAGGGUUCGCUGUGUGCCUGAAAGAUGUGAAUAUCCUGAAGCUAGAAAACGGAGAGUGCAGUGCGGAAGUAACGGUCGGUCCUCAGCAUCUUAACACAGGCGGAACUAUGCAUGGAGGGUUUACGGCCACACUCGUCGACUGCAUAACUACUUACGCUGUUAUAACACAAGGCAACAAUUCCCCAGGAGUCUCGGUGGACAUUCACGUCUCAUAUCUAAAAGCAGCACAGCUAGGUGACGUUCUAUCGAUAGAUGCCAGGACGAUUCGCUGCGGAAGAUCUUUGGCUUUCCUUGAGGUCGAGUUGAAGAAAAAGGACACCGGACAGAUAAUUGCUCGUGGACAACACACAAAGUAUAUGGGCGGUUGAAUAGUUGGAUAGAAAAUUUAUUUACCAAGAGAAAUACAAAUACAAUUAUACAAUAGUGAGAAUAA